GAAGGAGGCGAAGAAUUUGGACGAUAUAGGCAUGAGAUUGAGAUAAUUGGUGACGAGUUGAUCAUAAUUGGAGGUGGAAAUCCACGAUGGGCAUCGACACUUGAGGAGUUACUCAUAUUCAAUAUACGGACGAAAAAGUUUACGAAACGUGCGAUUGCACCGGAUGAGAGUUAUGGUUAUCCAGCGCCGAGAAUGUGUCACUCGUGUGUGAAAUUCAACGAGAAUAUCUAUGUGAUUGGUGGAUGCAGUGAGAAACGACGUGUUGCGGUUAGGAGGCGAGGACAGAUUGAGGUGAGCGAUCUGUAUGAUGACGUAUGGGAAUUGGAUACGAAAAAUUGGCGGUGGCGGAAACUUGAAGCAAAAUUGCAUAAUAAAACGUGCUUUCAUGAUGCAGUUGUUACGCAG